AUGGUUGAAUGGACUGAUACACAAAUCCGCAUAUUAAUUGAUGAGAGAAAAAGCAGAAAUACUGAAUACCACAAUAUCAUUUCUCGUAACCGCAUCGGAUUUUGGGAGAGUAUUGCGAAGAAAAUUAACCAACAACAUAAUACAAAUUUCAAUGG